GCCGCGUCAAAGCAGACGCGUUUUAGACGCGGAUCCCUCCGCUGGUCUUCUCCGCGGUGAAGCGCUGCCGGAGAAGCGCCGGCGGGACAAUGGAAACACAGGCGCAAGGUCUGUUAGAAAAACAAACAUUCCAUGAGACAGAUGAAGACACCAUCACUGAUGUUGAUUUGACCAAUGUGAUUUCUGAAGAAGAGCGAGAAGAAUUAAAAGUUGAAGUAAUCAAGCUGGAGGAUGAAAUUGCAACUUUACGUCAAGUUUUAGCAGCCAAAGAGAAGCACCUUGUGGAAAUAAAGCAAAAACUGGGCCUCAAUCUGAUGAAUGAGCUGAAGCAGAACUUCAGCAAAAGCUGGCAUGAUGUGCAAACUACGACUGCGUAUAAGAAGACUCAAGAAACUCUAACUCAAGCAGGGCAAAAGGCUACAGCAGCUAUCAGCACCGUUGGAACAGUUAUCAGCAAGAAGUUUGGAGAUAUGAGAUCACAUUCCCUUGGGUAUUCUAUCCGCCAUUCCAUGAGUAUGCCUGCUAUGAGGAAUUCUCCUACAUUCAAAUCCUUUGAAGAAAAGAUUGAAACCACUGUUACAAGCAUUAAGACAAAAGUUGGAGGUACAUCUCACCCUGGAGGAAACUUUGAAGAAGUUCUUAGCUCUGCGGCCAAUGCCAGUGCUCGGAGCCCCAUUGCAGGCAGUCGACUUUCAGAAACCGAAAAGGAGCUCCAUUGUUAGGUGAGGGAUUCUUUGCCCUGCUGUUUGCAUAUGACCGAUGUAUAAAAUGUUUCUUUUCUCUCCAGGGCCGAGUAUGAAGUUGUAGGACUGCACUGACAAUAUACCUAGACAGACAGUACUAGGCAGAGAGAUCGGCUGGGAUGCAACCAAAUGGCAGCUAUUGCUGCAGAAGUAACUGCAAGCUGUCCUUCUAUGCUACCCAUUUUAUUCUAUUUAUGCUUACAAGUGAUUUUACAUUGUAACCUCUAUACAGUUGUGUCAAUUUUUAAAAUGGCAUAUAUAUUAUCUUAAGAAAUUUGUCCAUGUUAUGUUUUUAUAAUGAAUUUCAGAAAAUAAGGUGAGAUUAUUAUUGUAUAUACUGGUAUAAACAACAAAGCUGUUUUUACCUGUUCUCUGUUUAUGUGCCUGUUUCUGACUGUUAAAAAGAAAAUCAGUCUCUUCAUUAUUAUAGAUGCCAUUGGGAUAAGGAUUGGAACCAAAAACAAUUACAUUGUAAAGUUUUCUGUCUAAAGAAGCAAUGAUACACAUGCCUUUAGUACAAAGAACUGAGGAAAUAUAAAAAAAACCUGUGAUAAUUUUGGAAUAGUCAAUCAGUAAAAAGUUUGGUGUAUAUAAACAUUUCCAAUUUCCUUGUAAACAUGUGGCAUGUAGAGAUUUAAUCUGAUAACAAUCCGAGCCAGAUUAUAUCCAUGCUUACCUGCAAUUGUUUGAAUUGUAAUAAUGUUUUUCUCUUUUCAGUUGGAGUAAAAUAAGUGUGUCUAUCCAAAGGACCCGAGCAUAUUUAUAUUUUUAAAGGAGAAUAUUUAAAAUUUAAAUUCUUAAUUUAGGGCUGGACCUUUAAACUAUGUUAAAGAAAAUAAUAAAUCUUGUAACAUAAGACUUCUGAACCUGGCAAAAAACUGCUAUCUAAAAGAUA